AUGGAAAAUAACAGCCUUGCUCGUGCUUUGUUUGGUCCUGAAGAAUACCAGCUGAAUUUGGAUAGGGCAAGAAGGCACGAGAUUUGUGUUGGUAUAGAAAAAGGUUUAGCUUAUCUUCAUGAAGAAUCAAGAUUGAAGAUCGUUCAUAGAGACAUCAAGGCCACCAAUGCGUUGCUUGAUAAGAAUCUAGACCCGAAGAUAUCUGACUUUGGGCUAGCCAAACUUGAUGAAGAGGAAAACACCCACAUAAGCACCCGAGUUGCCGGAACCCUCGGGUAUAUGGCACCUCAAUAUGCAAUGCGGGGUCAUUUGACUGACAAAGCAGAUGUCUACAGUUUUGGAAUCGUUGCUUAGGAAAUUGUCAGUGGGAAGGGUAAUACUAGUCAUCGAACAAAGGAGGACACUGUUUAUCUUCUUGAUUGGGUAGAAAGAGUUUCUCGCCGUCUUGAUUUAUUUAUUU